AUGAUUAUAGAAAUUAAAUAAUUUUUAAAUGGUGAAAAUAAUGAUAUUCCUAACAAAAUAUUAGAAAUAUCUCAAACUGAAGAAGGUUUUAAAUUCUGGAAGAAUGUUAUUUUUAAAUUUAGAAAAUUGAAUACUGAAUAAAUUGAAAAAGUUUAUCAUCUAUUUGAUUAAUCUUAUAUUCAAAAUGUUAUUGAAAUUCCAACAGAAGAAAAACUAACUGAAUAUUUAUAAAUUUGUACAUUAUGCUCCAACUUUACAGAAGGUAAAUACAUUAAAUUUGAAGAUAUAUAUAAAAAAUUACUUAAAUAAUCUAAAGUUUUUAUUUAUGACAAAUUAAUUAUAUUAGGAGAAUAUGAACUUAUUCAUUAAGAGUUAACUGAUGAAUAAAUUAGACAAAUUAAGCCAUUAUAUUUGAAGAAGUUUGUUAAAUAUAUACUUUUAAAUAGAUUAGAUGAAUAUAAUAAAUAUUUAUCAAUAAUCAAAGAAAACUCAUAAUUAUUAUUAAAAAUUGCUUUAAAUGCAAAAGUUAAAUAAAACACUGAAUCAAUUUUGUAUGAAAUUUCAAAGUAAACAUCUAUUCAUAAAGAAUUGUUUGAUAGUUUAAUCCUAAAUUGGAGUAAUAAAAAUUUUAUUAAACAUGCCUCUUUUAAAACUUAAUUGUAUUGCAGUAAUUUAAUUGUUUUAUUUAUUUCAAAUGGAUUUAAUAAUGAUAUAAUACAUGAUGGGAUUUAAAAAAGAUUAAAUACAUAAGCAAAUAUACCUAGAAAAUGUGGAAUAUUGGUAUGGAAAGCUUUUGUGAAAUAAUUAAAUCUUGAAUCAGAAGAUGGUUUUGAUGAACUUAAUGAUGAAGAGAUUGAGGAAGUUUGGAAUGAUAAAAAAAAAGAUGAAAUUAUAAAAUAAAAAAAUGAAACUUAAAUAAUUUAACCAAAUUAAGAAUUUCAUGUAUUUAAAAUUAAUUAAUUAAGGAUUUUGAAAAUGAGUAUGAAGAAGAUGAAUAAUUACUUUUAGUAAAGAAUCUUUAUGAUUGUAUACUUGCAUUAAGAAGUGAAGAUUAAGUUAGGAUAGAUCAAUCUUUGAAACAUCUUCCAUAUCUAAUUAGAAAUAGUUUAGAUCUUCAUAUUCAUGGAUAAACAUUAUGUGAUAUUCUAAUAUUAAAUAGAGAUUGGAAGGCUAAUUAAGAAGAAAUGAGAAUAAAAGCAUUGGUGGCUUUAUCAAUAAUGAAAUCUUAAAUAACUGAUCAUUUAAUUGAAGUUUAUUUUAGUGAAGAAAUUUCAAUAAUGCAAAGAAUUUAUAUAUUGAAGAUUAUUAGAGAAUCAGCAAUUGAACUUUCAUCUAAUCCAAAUAAAUAUCAAUUAGAAAAUUAUAACAAUUUUUAAAAAUCUUAAAAUGAUUCAUUUUACUUUAAAUAAAUAAGCACUAUUUAUAAAAAUGAAGAAUAAUCAGCUAUCAAAGUUAGACCAACACCAUAAUCUAAAAGAUGGGGACAUACUAAAAGAGCUUAUGAAGGACUUUAAAUUGUAUCACCAUAUAUUAAUAGAUUUCAUUAAUUAACAGAACACUUUUAUUUCCCUUUAUUAAUAUAUUCUUAAUCCAAACAUAAAUUAUUAUUAGCAAGAGAACCUUUAUUAAUGUUAAAUUUUCUAGAAGUACUUUUAAAAAUGUUAGAUUGUGGUUAGAAUGCUUUUCAUAUUACAAAAAUGGUUUCAGAAGCUUUUGAUUUUUUGUUGGUUUUUUAAAAAAAUAAAAAUAUUGAAAUUGUAUUAAUGAAAUUAAGAAUCAUACUUAAAAUUACUAUUCUCUUAAAAGGUUAGUUUGAUGACAGAUUAGAAAAAAUUUUAUCAUCACUAAAAUAUGAUGAUCCUUAAGCUAAAUAAUUAUAUGAUUUGAUAUUAUAAAAUUUAGGGAUUUGA